AUGAGCUCUGAAGAGGACUAUUUUGAUGACCUCGAUUGUGACCUUGCCGAUGAGAUCAAUGAGGAAAAACAGAAUAUACGAGCCCAAAAGGUUACUAUAGUCAGUGAUCAACCGGAACAAUAUAAUCCAUUCGAAAUUUUACCUAAAAUCAUAAACUUAUUUAAGAAAUUGACAUACCAAAGUACUGACGGGUUGUCUCUCUCAGAGAUAUCGUAUAUUUUACCAAAAAUUGCCGAUAUGAAGAGAAUUAUACAAGAAGAGAAACUCGAUUUCAUUAAGUUACUGCCAUCUUUAAACGAAAUCAUUCCUCUUAUCAAAAAAAGCAUUAAAUUGUUGCACAAUUUUUUAAUUUUAUUAUACAAGGAACGUUUUCCAGAACUAUCAACACUGAUACCGUCACCAUUGCAAUACUCAAAAGUAAUAAUCUUACUGGAAGGUGAAGAUUGGCAAAAGAGUGAAAUUGAUAAGCUAUUUCCACAAUUAGAAAAUAUUGCACAUUUGUCCAAAGAGCAGGUUCUCGUUUUAACAAUGUCGAUGAGGACAUCCUUCAAGAGCAAAGAACCGCUGAACUUCCAAACCAGGACGCAAAUUUUAGAAACAAAUACUAUAUUAGAGAAUUUAUGGCAAAUACAGGCAGAUUUAGAACAGUAUAUAGCCUCAAAAAUAUCACUAAUUGCCCCUAAUAUGUGUUUUUUAGUAGGCUCAGAAGUAACGGCUCAACUAUUAGCAUAUGCUGGAGGUGUUUUAGAAUUUAGCCGGAUUCCAAGUUGCAAUAUUGCAUCUAUCGGGAAGAAUAAACACCUUUCGCAUGAAUUACACACCCUAGAGAGUGGAGUACGACAAGAAGGAUAUUUAUUCACUACUGAUCUUAUUCAAAGUUUUCCAGUUGCUAUUCAUAAACAAAUGUUACGGAUGCUUUGCGCUAAAGUAACACUUGCUGCCAGGGUUGAUGCAGGUCAGCGAUAUGAUGAUAAAAAUACAGUUCUAGCUCAAAAAUGGAAAGCUGAACUAUUGGAAAAAGCUAAAAAACUGUCAGAGGCUCCGAACAUCGUUGACACGAAAGCUUUACCUAUUCCGGAGGAUCAACCUAAAAAGAAAAGAGCUGGUAGGAAAUUUAGAAAGUAUAAAGAAAAAUUCAAGCUAUCUCAUGCUAGACAACUACAAAAUAGAAUGGAAUUUGGUAAGCAAGAACAAACUAUUCUUGAUUCAUAUGGCGAGGAGAUUGGUCUAGGUAUGUCUCAUUCAUCCUUACAGAAAGCCGUCGGAGCAGCUUCAGAUUCUAGAAGAUCUGCCGGUAAUCAAGCUAAGUUAACAAAGGUAAUGAAGCAUAGAAUUUCCGAAGCUAACCAGCAAGCUGAUGAAUACCUUAUGUCGUUAGGUGAUGCAGAACCUUCCAAUAUAUUCCUAGGGGUCGGACAAGAGCACAAGAAACAGCGUACUAAACCAUAA